AUGUUGUACGACGAUUUCAAGCCCAUAGUUGACCUAGUAUUUAAUAACUGGACGGCCCUACAGCUGGCUGUUGAACAUGGAAUGGGUGCCCCAGGCGGAGAAAAAACUGCGCAAUUAAUGUCGGUCUAUGUAGCAAGGUAUUGUGUAGAAAACGUAGUAGACAGGGAUGAUUUAACUGAACUUUUAGAGGAUUUGAUGGAUGAAGAGUUUGAAACUGUGUGCCAUGACAAUUCACCUAAAGAAGUAGCAUCUCUACUUAUUUUCUUUUUGGGCCUACUUAAAGAGGGAAGACAUGAUGAAGUAAUGAUUCAUAUAGAAGCUAUGCCCAAAUGUCAAAAGUGGCUUAGUGAGCCUAUUCAUGAGUCAGUUCCACCACAAUGCCAUGGGAAUCCAGAUGAUGAUACUACAAGCAGCAGUGGGGAUGAAGAAAGUGAUAAUACUGAAGGGGAUGGUGAAGCCGCAGCAGCUUCUUCAAAGCAAAAUGAACCAGAACCUAUGGACGAGGAUGCUGAACCAGGCUGGACAGUUGUCAGAACACGGAGGAGGAAA